AUGAAACCUUAUGACCCUGAUAGCUUUGGUUUUUGUCAGAGUCAAGUUGCUAGAGAUCACAAUAUAAGUGCGGAGGAAAAAAUAUUGUCGACAGUUAAAAAACGAAUAAUAAAUGGAGAAAAAGAAAUAAACAUAAAAAUUACAAAAGAAAAAUUGAAUAAAAGCGAAACUGCACAUUUGCAAAGCUUGAACAUUGCCCCCCGGCCCGAAAUCAGAUUUGAAAAGAUGUGGGAAUGUCUUGAAGUUUUGUCAGGUAAUAUAAAGGCAGCAAUUUCCAUUAAUCACAUGAGAGCUUCAAAAGAUUAA